CCCCAUCACCCCAUCCCCCAAACCCUGGAAGUGCAGGACGGAACGAGCGAGCAAUGGCGUUGGUCUCCCUUGUCUAUUUCGCAGCCCUUCUGGCGCUUCUUCCGCCGGUGCUAGGGCGCAUUCCCGGCGCCUACAUGGGUAGUCCGUGGCAGAGUGCCCAUGCCACCUUCUACGGCGGCAGCGACGCGUCCGGCACCAUGGGCGGGGCGUGUGGGUAUGGGAAUCUGUACAGCCAGGGGUACGGGGUGCAGACGGCAGCUCUGAGCACGGCGUUGUUUAACGAGGGGCAGAGCUGCGGGGCGUGCUUCGAGAUCAAGUGCGCGGACGACCUCCGUUGGUGUCACGGCGGGAGCCCCUCCAUCUUCAUCACCGCCACCAACUUCUGCCCGCCCAACUACGCUCUCCCCAACGACAACGGCGGGUGGUGCAACCCGCCCCGCCCCCACUUCGACCUCUCCAUGCCCAUGUUCCUCAAGAUCGCCGAAUACCGCGCCGGCAUCGUCCCCGUCUCCUACCGAAGGGUCCCGUGCAGGAAAUCCGGAGGGAUCCGGUUCACCAUCAACGGGUUCAACUACUUCAACCUGGUGCUGAUCACCAACGUGGCAGGCGCCGGUGACAUCAUCCGCGCCAGCGUCAAGGGCUCCCGCACCGGGUGGAUGCCCAUGUCCCGCAACUGGGGCCAGAACUGGCAGUCCAACGCCGUCCUCGUCGGCCAGUCCCUCUCCUUCCGCGUCACCGGCAGCGACCGCCGCACCUCCACCUCCUGGAACAUCGUCCCUUCCAACUGGCAGUUCGGCCAGACCUUCCAGGGCAAGAACUUCCGUGUCUGACCUCGGUGGCUGCAUGUGUUUGUUGUUACUUGGGAGAGCUAAAGUAGCUGCUUGAUUGAUGCAGCUGAGAAGGUAAAAAGAGUGUGUUUGCGUGGGGAAUAGAAUCGGAUGAUAGUAUAUUAUCCUCCGGUUAGCAGCAGUAGCAACAGCUGAAGUGGCUGCAGAACAGAAGAGUGUGUUGUAGCCCGCAGCAGCUUAUAUUAUCUAAAUAGUCUGAUAGUAUUGUCCUUGAUGUUAUUAUAUAUAUGGUGUUUGUGAUGUAUGACAUCUUUUAAUCGAUGAUCACAGUGGGAUUUGGUAGAACUCUGUAGACUGAGCUCUGUGAUUUAUGCUCUCUCUCUCUCUCAAAGUGUAUUUAGUCAUGAAGGAAACCAAGAGGCCAUUUCUGUUCAUGGUUGGUAGAGCAGUAGACCAGUAGGUGCAUCACCAAUAGUUGUGCCUGCUGCUGCUGCUACUAUGGAGGGGUGCUAUUUUAGGGUAUGAACCCAAAAGUUUUGUCCAUUUGUUUGUUCAUGGAAAGUUGACUCUUGCAGAGCUUUAUGAAUGUUUUACUUAAAGAUUAAAAAUUAAACUAUAUAUAUAUAUAUAUAUAUAUAUAUA